UAGAACUCUAUUCUAUUCUGAAACGUCAAAAUUUCAUCAACAAAGCGCGAUAAAAAGUUCGCAGAAAAAUAAUUUUGAAAUAAUUAAAUUUUUCCAUUGUAAAAUAGUUAUAAAUCCUAGCACAUAUACCUAUAACUCGAAAUUAGCAAAAAUGAGCGAACCCCCAGUGCAAGAUGAUCGAAGACUGUGGAUAGGGAAUUUAGACAGUCGAAUCACUGAUUUGAUAUGUUGUUUCAUCGUUCCGGGCCUAUGGCCGGAUAUCCGCGAGGUUACGCUUUCGUGACAUAUGAAAAACAAAAGGAUUCCGAGGGAGCUCUCGAGAUUCUGAACGGUAAGCUUGUGGGUGACAAACACAUGGUCGUGCGAUGGGCCAAAAAUGUCAAUCGCGAUGAGAUGGAGAGAACGAAACCAAAGCUUCAAAUACCGGCCUUAGCCGGGGGAUCAAAGGCGGGACCCAGCGGACCGGUGAGUCAGCAAACCAAAAUUCAAGCAUUGGAGGCUAAACUCAAAAUGAUGGAAAGUCGUUCGGACGAUUUGAUAAUCAACAAAAGUAUUAACGGAGAGAAGGCGAUUAUCGAAAAAUAUCAGUAUAACAAAAAUCCGCCACAGCAGCAGCAGCAGCAUCGGCUGGAUUCGUCAAAGAGCAAGCGGCAUAUUAGUAGGGGAGGGAGAAACGGUCCAUACAAGUCUAGUAGAUUUAAAUAAUUGAUGAAGGAGGCGCAAGUUUUGAUAGGCUUAGCUAGCUGAAAUGUGCAGAUUCUUUCGAUUCUAUCUCAUUGUGUACUUGUAAUCUUAUUUAAAAGUGUUAUCUCUCUGUACUUCGUAAACAAUUUAGCCAAUGAU